AUGGAUGGCCUGAGGAUUGCUGCCUCCUUCUGUUCCUUCUUAAGCCUCUUGCUGCUUAUCGUUGGUAUGGCUUCAGACUAUUGGAUAACGUUUGGAACCGAUUCGGUGGGACUCUGGAGACUGUGUUCAGGCAUUUGUUUGUCAUUUUCAAUGGAUGUGGAUGCUUAUAUCCACGCCACCCGAGCCUUCCUCCUGAUGGGCAUGUUCGCUGGUGCUGCCUCUUUUUUUAGCCUUUGUGCCUCAUUUUAUCGACCUAAGAUUGGCUCCAUUUCUACAGCUGUUCUUGCAGUCCUAGCCAGCAUUGCAGCAGGUGUUUGCUCCCUGAUCGCCAUGGCAUCUUUCACAGGAGUGUCCGUUGCCCGCUACAUGGGACCCGGGGAAAACUUCGGAUGGUCCUUCGGUUUGGGCUGGGCCUCAUUCCCUCUGUUUCUUAUAACUGGUGGGCUUGCUUACAUGUUAGUCCAUCGUACUACAGAAGAGUGA